GUAUUCCACGAGCCUCUGGCACUGUCGGCUCAGAACUCUGUUGUUCAGGUCCAGCAUGAAAUCUCUGGUUAUUCUCGUCGUUUUUGUAGGACUGGCCUACGGCCAGGUUCCAACUCCCUGUGAAACCCCGACGAUAUGGGAAGCUCGGGAGGCUGAGGUUGAUCGGGCGGAUAAUUUUGAACGGUUCGCUAAAAUCUCCUAUGAUGAAGUGAAUCGCCGUAUCCGGAGAAUUGAGGAGCUAGAUAUUGGAUCAGACAAAGAUUACUACGAUGAACUUUUCCUUUUCGACGAGUUCCGGAUGUACCGCUUGAACCUUCGCACGAGACAGUGUAACGUCACUGGCCUCAGUCGUCCGUGGCACCCGUAUGGAAUUCCACCCGAAGCCACAUUUGACGGGGAAGCCUACAUCGGCGCAAGCGCAACGAACGAAGGCGUUUUGGUGACACGCUGGACCGGAAAGUUUUUUGAAACCGAUUAUUACGUGGGAGUGUUCACUCAACCCGGUUGUGUGCCUGUUCUGUUCGACACUUACUAUAGUUCUUCCAAGCGUUUUGUCUCGAGAACUUUUUACGACGUCACACUGGGGAUUUCUGACCCAAACAAAUUCGUACCACCUUCGGAAUGCAGCACAGUAUAGUCUCCUCUCGUCCUAUCCAUAUUCAAGUCAGUGAGUGUUGAAUCGACAGCUAACAUCACGCAUGUCAAGGAAUCACACCAAAAUUGUCAUAUGAAGCUUUAGCAUUUAUAUCUGUACAUUUUACGCAAAGUAGAGAUACGGAAUAAACAAUGCACAGGACACGGUCCUGAUGGCGCUUUGCGAAAUAAAACUACAGGAGAUACA